GCGCACACUCCAGUGGACUGCACGUGGACGUACGAGAACAACAUGGUGGACAGUGCAGAAUUGAGUGUAGAUUCACUCAAAACAGCCAUAGGAGAUAUUUUGAAAAGUUCAGAGCUGUCUUCGUUGACUUCUCGAAUUGUCAGGAAUAAUCUCGAAGAGCGCUUUAAUAUCAGCCUUAAAGACAGGAAGAAGGAGAUUGAUGAACUGUUAAUGUCUAUGAUAGAAGAAAACCAAGACCAAAAGAACGAAGAUGGUGAUGUACCUACUAAUGGCGCUGUAGAUUCUGAACAAGAAUCUCAAAGCGAAGAUGAGGACGAGGAACCAGCCACUAAAAAAGCCAAGAAAGAAAAAAAAUCUUCAGUAUCAAAAUCUGGAGCAACAAAUAAACAAAUGAGCAAGAAAACAGAAUCAAGAGAGAACAAGGAUGACGAUGAUGCUGAAGUUGCUAGAAAGUUACAUGAAAGUGAAAGAGGUCUAAGAACAAGAAAACAGCCUGCCAAGAGAACACAGAAAAACUCGACAAAGAAAGAACCAAAGCCAAAGGGAGAAAAAAGUCGCACUGGCUUUGGAAAACCGAUGAUUUUGUCACCAGAACUUGCUGAAAUCAUGGAAGCCGAUCAGCUGUCGAGAUCAGAAGUUGUCAAAAAGAUGUGGCAGAUAAUCAGGGAGAGAAAUUUGACAGACCCAAAGGAUAAAAGAUAUCAUAUUUGUGACCCUCAACUCUUGAAAGUAUUUGGGACAAAGAGGGUCAGAACCUUCUCCAUGAUGAAGUACCUAAAACAACACAUAAAGGACCCCGCCCUUAUUAGUUAGACACAUUGCCAUGGCAACAGAUAUGUUUGGCAACAUUCUGCAUGUUGGGCUAUAAUGAUUUUGCAUUCACCACCAAAUCAUGGUUUCAACGUAGUGUCAGCUUCAAAAGUCGAACAAGAAGUAAAAUAGGUAUUGUAUCUGAUACAUUAACAUUCCCUACUCUUGGGGAAAGAAAUUCUCAAGCAUUUGUCUUUAGGUUGGAAGCAUUUUUAAUUCAUAAUCGAGAAGUAUUUAAAUGGUUUAGUAAAAUAGUUCAUGUUAUUAUAUUUUUGGUUUCUUACUUUCUUUUGGACGAAAGUGAUUUCUUUGUACUUUACAGUAUGUGCAUUUAUAAUAAUUCAUACUAGGAUAUUAGUAAAUUAUUAUUAUUUUCUUUGGAAAGGGUUAAACUCUUAUAAGCAUCUAUGAUUUAUACUGGGAAGUUAUAAUGGAUAGGGUGUGGUCGAAAAUGGAAUGUCAAAGAGCAUACCCACCCCUCCCCAAACCCCUUUUAGUAUGGAGCGCAUUGUAAUGUCUCUCUGAGAUUUAAGUGUCRCAUCAUUCCAACAGACUAUUUUCUAACCUUCUUUACUUUAAAUAAAGAUUUUGUGAUCUAAUGA